AUGCGACGGAGAUGGAAGUUUUUGAGGAUUUGCUUACUAUUCUCUUUCGUCCAGUCCAUUUCUACCGAAGACAACGAGCUGGAGCGUGUGAAUCCGUACACAAAUCUACCACGGCCAUCCCCGGUGGAAACAGUACCCACACGUGAUCCGGAUCCUCCGCCCGGCUCUGAUCGCACGAGGCGCCAAUCUGAUGAGGAGGAAAAAGUCACUUAUGCAUUUGGCCACAGCGACUAUUUGCUACCAGAAAACUUCAAAACGCUGCGCCGUCAGGACAUUCCGGUCACCUAUCGAUUGCACGACGAUUUGCUACGGUAUUAUCGG